UCCUCGGACCCGGACGCACGCUGUUGUCACUGCUGCUGCCGCUGCUGCUGCUGGAUGAUGUGAGCGCUAAAUGACAUAGCAGGCUCGGAUGUUCCAGCACAGAGCAGGACGCUCUCCUAAUUUGCUUUAAAAAACCAUCAAGACAUCAUUUUGUAUUCCUUGGAGACGGCGACGACGCGCAGCAACGGUGCAGUCAUGUGGCAGACCAUUCUCAUUUGCUACGCCCUGUUUGCACUGUAUGCCACGGCACCGCCCGCGCACAUCAACCGCCUGGCGCUGUUCCCUGACAAGAGUGCCUGGUGCGAGGCCAAGAACAUCACACAGAUAGUCGGGCACACUGGAUGUCAGCCUCGCUCUAUUCAAAACAGAGCUUGUCUGGGCCAAUGUUUCAGCUACAGCGUCCCCAACACAUUCCCGCAGUCCACUGAGUCUCUGGUGCACUGCGACUCCUGCAUGCCUGCACAGACUCAGUGGGAAGUGGUGACUCUGGAGUGCCCAGGGAAUGAAGAGACUCCUCGCGUGGACAAGUUGGUAGAGAGGAUCUUCCACUGCAGCUGCCAGUCCUGCGGUAAGGAAGGCGCCCAGGAGGGUGCCAUGAUGCAGCUGUAUCCGGCAGACAACAGCCUGGACGCUCCGUCUUUACCCGACGCCCUGAGCGAGACUAACUCUCACCCACCACCCCGUUCAGACAAACACUCUAAGCACGGCCACACACUCGCAGGCCAUCACCCUCUUCCACACACGUCAAACGGAGGGUAGGGCUUACCCAUCCCGCCGCUCCGUUCUCCUACGCUUUGCAUCGUUCUUAAUGCGUAGUGUUGCAGAAGCACUUUGAAGAUGGGAUUCACUUUGUCUUAAAAGCUGCAAACGCAUUUACAAAUUCAUUUUAUCCAUUGUUAAUAGAUUCAAAUCAUAUUAACACAUGAGCCUAUAAAUGCACUGCUUUUGUUUCCUGAUAAAAUAUGUUUGUUGUAUCCAGACACAACCAUAGUCUGUUGAUGAACUGUGGUAGCUACCUUUUAUCUGCAAUGAUUACAAUAAAUUACAAAAUUG